AUGGAGAGCAUGUGCGGUGGCGUUCCUAUCAUCAGCUGGCCAUUCUUCGCGAACCAGCAGACCAACUGCCGGUACCAGUGCAACGAAUGGGGAGUCGGCAUGGAGAUCGACACCGACGUCCGGUGCGACGCCGUUGCAAACCUUAUCAUGGAGCUCAUGGAGGGGGAGAAUGAAAAGGUGAUGAAGAAGAAGGCACAGGAGUGGAGGGAGAAAGCGGUCAAGGCGACCAAGCCCGGCGGCUCGUCUCACGACAACUUUGAUGCGCUGAUUCGUGAUGUGCUAGCUCCUAGCCGCCAUGGGCAUAACUUUGAUGCGUAUUUAUUUUGA